AUGCAGCUCAAGUACCUGAAAACCAUCCUUCAGGCGGAUGAUGGGAUCAAGAAAGUGACGGCGAUAACAUGGUCACCGAACUCGAGGCGCAUGGCGGCAGUGACCACCGACAGGGUGGUCCAGCUCUUUGACGAGAACGGCGAGCGCAAGGACAAGUUCUCCACCAAGCCCGCGCAGCCCGACGGUGUUAAAAACUUCGUGGUGCGGGGGAUGGCGUUCUCGCCCGACUCCGCCAAGCUUGCCAUCGCGCAGAGCGACAACAUAGUGUUCGUGUACAAGCUCGGUUUGGAGUGGGGGGACAAGAAGUCCAUCUGCAACAAGUUUUUGCAGUCCAAGCCCGUCACCGCGCUCACCUGGCCGCAGCGAAGGCACAACGAGGUGGUCUUCGCCACGACCGAGGGCAAGGUGAAGGUCGGGCAGCUCAAGACCAACAAGGCGGCGACGCUCUACGCGCAUCCGGACGGCGCCUACUGCGUCGCGCUCGCGUCCAGCCCGUGCGGCGAGAAGAUAUGCAGCGGGCACAUCGACGGCACGGUGUGGACCUUCGACUUUGCCGACGGCGUAAACCGCAAGCUCUUUGCUCACUCGUGCGCGCCGUACGCGUUGUCAUGGGGCGCCAGAAACGCGGUCGUGGCGGCGGGCGCGGACCGCAGGGUGUGCUUCUACGACGCACUGGGGGACGAGUACGCCGCCGGCCGGCCGCAAACCUUCGAUUACUCCGACGACGAGAACGCCCGGGAAUUUGCAUCCGCCUGCUUCUCUCCCGCCGGUGAGUCGGUGGCUGUGGGCUCGUUUGACAGGUUCCAACUGUUCGCGUACUCGCAACAGAGGGGCGGGUGGGUCGAGGCCGGCACCAAGCACGUCGCCAACCUCUACACAGUCUCUGCGCUGGGCUGGAAGCCCGACGGCAGCAGGCUGGCCACCGGCGCGCUGUGCGGCACCGUGGACAUCUACGACGCGUGCGUGAAACGGCAGAUGUACGCGGAUAAGUUUGAGUUUACGUACGUCAGCGGGUCCGCCGUCGUGGUCAAGCGGCUGGUGGACGGAAGUAAGGUGAGCGUGAGCGCCGGGAACGGGCAGGAUCUGCAGGGGCUCAACGUGUACAAGGAGCGCUUCCUCGUGGCGCACACCACCGAUUCACUCAUCGUCGGGGACCUCGAGGCUGAGAAGAUUGCCGAGGUUCCCUGGGGCUGGACCGGGUCCGAGAAGUUUGACUUUGACACCGAGCGCGUGUGCGUCGUGCACUCGAGAGGGGAGGUGAGCGUGGUUGAGUACGGCGUGAACAGGGUGCUUGGCACGUGCAGGACCACCCACACCAAGCAGCACCUGCUCUCAGUCAGGGUGCAGGAAAGUCGCAGGGGUCGCACCCGCGUGGGCAAGAAAAUUGCCUACCUGAUUGACGCGCAGACGGUGCGAGUCACCGACCUCAGCGCCGAAAACGAGCUCACCGGCGCCAGGGACGUCGCCACAGUGUCGCACGAGUCCAAAAUCGACUGGCUCGAGCUCAACGCUAGGGGCACGCACGUGCUGUUCCGAGACAAGAAGCGGCAGCUCCACCUCUACGACAUCAAGAACCAGGCUCGGUACACCCUUCUCAACUACUGCUCGUACGUGCAGUGGGUUCCGGGCAGCGACGUGGUGGUGGCCCAGAACAUGGGUAACCUAUGCGUGUGGUACAGCGUCGACUCACCCGACCGCGUCACCACCGUACCCAUCAAGGGUGAGGUUGAGGAUAUUGAGCGGGGCAAAGGCAAGACCGAGGUCAUUGUCGAAGAGGGCGGUGUGCAAAAGGCGUAUCCACUAGACGAACACCUCAUCGAGUUCAAUUCGCUCGUCGAGGAGGGUGACUACGACGCCGCGGUGGAGGUGCUCGAGGCGCUCCCCGGCGGUACACCAGAGACGGAGGCCAUGUGGCUCGAGCUGAGAAACGCAGCAAUCACCGACAGGAGAUUGCUCGUCGCACAGCGGUGCAGCGCCGCGCUGGGUGACGUCGCCAAGGCUCAGUAUCUCGGCGCUAUUAUCGCCGACGCUAAGCGCGCGAGCGCCAUGGAGGGCGGCGGCGACGGCCUGAAUAACUACGCAGUCAAGGCGAGGCUCGCGAUGCUCGACAAGCAGUGGAAGGUUGCUGAAGGUUUGCUGCUGGAGAACGGCCAGACUGACGCCGCCAUUCAGAUGUACCGCGACAUGCACCGCCUGGACAGGGCGGUGGAAGUGGCAACGAGCAAGUCGCACCCCAACGCAGAGAACUUACGUCGCGAACACCUCGAUUGGCUCAAGCAGACGGGUCAGGAAGAGGCGGCGGGCGCCGUGAAGGAACGCGAGGGUGACCACCUCGGGGCCAUUCGCUUCUACCUCCGCGGCGGUCUGCCCGGCCGGGCCGCCGCGGUCGUCAUCGCCAACCACGCGCGAUCCACCGACUUUGACCGAUCCCUCGUCGAAGAAAUCGCCGCGGCGCUCAAGCGCGGGGACAUGUACGAGCGCGCGGGAGAGCUAUACGAUGCCUUUGACCGACCAGAGGAGGCCAAGGAGGCUUUCAUCCGCGGUCACUCGUACCGAAGGGCGCUGGAGCUCUGCCGCCGCGGUGGGUCAUCGGCCGAGGAGGUCCGAUCGCUGGAGGAAAAGUGGGGCGAUCACCUGGUUGACAUGAAGCAGCAGGAUGCCGCCAUCAACCACUUCAUCGAGGCUGGUUGCGGGAUCAAAGCUAUCGAGGCUGCUGUUGAGUGUAAAAACUGGAAAAAGGCGCUGGAGAUUAUUGAGCGCGAGCCCAAGCGGGGCCGCGACGACGACAAGUUCAAGGGCUUUUACAAGCGAAUCGGGCGGCACUACGAGCAAGCGAGGGACUACGAGCAGGCCGAGCGCUGCUUCCUCCGCGCGGGUGAGCCCGGCGAGGCUGUGGAGAUGUACUGCCGAGCUGACAAGUGGGAAAACGCACACAAAAUCGCGGUGGGCUACAUGACUGACUCGGACGCCAACGAGCUGUACGUGAAGCGCGGCAAGGAGCUCGAGGCCUCCGCUCGGUACAAGGAAGCUGAGAAGAUGUACCUGACGGUGAAGGAGCACGACCUCGCGAUCGAGAUGUAUAAGCGCAACAGGCAGUUUGACCAGAUGAUCCGGUUGGUGGGUCUCUACCGAAAAGAUCUCCUGGGCGAGACCCACAUCCACCUCGCUCGGCAGCUCGAGGCCGACGGCAACUACCGCGAGGCCGAGCGCAGGUACCUCGAAGGUAAGGAUUGGAAGGGUGCGGUGCAAAUGUACAAGCAGGCGGAGAUGUGGGAGGAUGCGGUGAGGGUCGCCAAGCAGAACGGGGGUGCCAACGCGUCCAAGCGCGUCGCGUACGAGUGGGGCUUGCACCUCGGCGGCGACGCCGGAGCGAGUUUACUUCGCAAGUUUAACCUGCUCGAGGAGGCGAUCGACUACGCGUGCGAGUCCGGGGAGUUUGACAAUGCCUUUGAGCUGGCGCGGGCCGGGGCUGGCAACAAGGUGCGGGACGUUCACCUCAAGCACGCGAUGUACCUCGAGGAUGAGGGAAGGUUCGACGAAGCCGAGGCGGAGUUUAUCAAAGCCGACGCCCCCAAGGAGGCCAUCGAGAUGCACGUCCACAACAAGGACUGGGAUGCCGCCACCCGGGUCGCGGAGCAACACGCCCCGGAACAGGUCACCGACGUGCUCGUCUCCCGCGCCACCUCGUUGAAAGAGGAGAAGGAAUACUCCAAAGCGGAGGCCACCUUCGUCAAGGCUAAGAAACCAGAGGCGGCGAUUAAGAUGUACUCUGACGAGGGGCUCUGGGACGACGCCCUACGCGUCGCGGCCGACUAUCUUCCCGGCAAGGUUCGCGAGAUUCACCUCGAGAUGCAGUCGCGCGCGGGCGAACCGUCCAAGACGUCGGCGAGAGACCUCGGCGAGGCGCAGCACGAGUGCGUGACUCGCGCGAGGCGCCUGGAGCGCGAGGGGAACUACUCCGGCGCCGUGGACGCCUACCUGGAACUCACGUCCAGGGUCACCAAGGACCAGCGCGCGCUGGAAAACGCGUGGGACGCGGCGGUCCGCGUCGCCGUUGGGAACGUCCCCGGCAAGGCGAGGACCGUGGUGCAGGAGGUGGCGGCCAGGCUCCGGGGAAUCGGUCGAGACGACCGAGCCGAGGAGCUCCUCGGUAGCGCCGGCGUCGACGCCCGGUCGGGGGGCGCGCCGGCUUACCAGGCGGGGGCGCGUAAACCCGCGAGGCCCGGGUCCGCCCAGCCCAAGCGCGACAUCGUCGGGUUCAACGACGCCGCCAAGGAAAGCCGCGACGCCAAGGAAAACGGCGACGCGUCACCGGCGGCGGCGGAGGAGGCUGCGAGGCGAGGCGACUGGGACGUCGCGCACGAGCUGGCGCGGGCUCUGGGACCCGACGUCGCCGCGUCGUAUUCCAUCAAGCACGCCACCAUGGAGCUGAGGGGCGGUAACCCCGAGGCGGCCGCGGACAUACUGGCGGAGAGGGGCGCGCCGGCGGAUCCGAGGUAUUUCGCGCUGUACAAGGAAAUCGCCGGCGAGGUGCUGGGCGGGGCGCAGGAUGGCGUCGGUGAGGAGGGCCUCAAGAAGUUUUUGACGUCGCUCGUGGAUACCAUGUCCGCGACGCCGGAGAUCAACGCCGAGCACCUCGCGGACCUGAGGCGAUGCCUGGAGGCGACCAACUUGGCGGUGGUCCGAGCCAAAUGCAAGGAUGCCGACAUGCCGGUGCUGAGCGCCAAGGCUGCGACGUCGCUGCUCAGGUUUUGCGGCCUCGUCCCCGCGGACAGGGCUUUCUUCGAGGCUGGCAUGGCGUGCCGGGAGGCGAAAGAGCUGUCGCUCGCGUUCGUCUUCCUCAACCGGUAUCUGGACAUCACCGAGCUUAUGGACGAGGGCGGUGACGCGUCGGAGCUGGACAACGUGGACUUUGAGGACACCGACAUCCCCAACAACUUCCCGCUCCCGACGCAGCACUUCGUCGAGGAGGCCACGAGGGAGGAGGUCCGCGACUGGGUGCUGGCGCUGUCAAUGGACCAGCAGGUGGAGCAGACGCUCCCCACGCGCACCUGCGGAAAGUGUAACGGGCAGACGUACGUCGCGGGCCUCACGUGCUGCCGGUGCAAGGCCAAGAGCGAGGCGUGUGUCGUGAGCGGGUACCCGGUGCCAACCGGGCAGCGAGUGCUGCACGAGGGUCGGAGCGCUAGCCGGGGCGACUGGAACGAGUGGACCAUGAAGUUCGGGACCGAUCCGUGGAGCGGGAAGAGCGCGCAGCCCAAGUACUGAGGGGUUAGUGUUUUUGUACACGCGAGAGAUGACACAA